CAUUGUCAACGUUUCCAGCUGUGCAGCGCUAAUUAUGGUAAGCAACGCGACACCGUACAGCGUGACGAAAGCAGCGCUGGAUCAUCUGACACGAUGCGCGGCAUUUGAGAACGCUCCGUAUGGUGUGCGGGUGAAUGCGGUCAACCCCGGAGUCAUCAAUACAACCUUUUGGACGCAACCUGGAGACAACCUGGAGGAACGAAAAGAGUUCCUGGAGAAGACGGCAGUCCGCGCGCAUCCGCUAGGCCGAGUGGGAACACCAAAGGAGGUUGCCAGCUGCAUCGCUUUCCUGGCUUCUGACGACGCCUCGUUCGUAACUGGAAUCACGAUGGUUGUGGAUGGAGGUCUGAAACUCACGUCCGGUCUCGCGGUUCCAACCCCAUGCUACAACGAGUAGAUGACUGCGUUACAGCAACGCGAGAGGAUUUUUCCUCAGCCAGGUCUCCAAGCUUUGAUAAACAGCAGCGUGAAGCAAAACAAUAUACAGAGGUACCGCAUGGAAUAAAAUAAAGAUC